AUGGAAAAAAUAAAACAAAAAAUAAAGUUUACUUCGGGUUUUACUGUAGAGUGUGAAGGGGAGGGUAGGAGACGGAGGUGGGGUCUGGCUUUGUUAUGGAAAAAUGAGUUGACGGUGGCAGUGAAGUCGUUCUCUUUAAAUCAUAUUGAUGUUGGGGUAGGAUCUCAAGGGAAUGAUGAGUGGAGGUUUACAAGUGUGUACGGGCAUCCGGAGGAUGAAAAUAAGUACAAGACCGGUGUACUUUUGGAGAGCUUAAAGGGGUCAGAUGACAAGCCAUGGUUAUUUGGAGGGGAUUUUAACUUGAUGCUUCACUCAGGGGAAAAAAUUGGUGGAAGGAGUUUUUGUGUAGAGGAGGCAGAGAUAUUGCGCAAUGCCAUGAGCUACUACCAUUUUGAGGAUUUAGGUUUUAUUGGUCAUAGCUAUAUGUGGACUAAUAAUAGGGGUGGGGAGGAAAAUAUCCAAGAAAGACUUGAUAGAUUUUUUGCAAAUCAGCUCUGGAGAGAGAGAUGUUCAUGGGCUCGUUUUUUACUCAUCUCACUAAGAGAAGGUCGGAUCAUUUACCUAUCCUAUUGUGUAUUAAAGAAGUUGUGCCAAAGCAAAAGAAAAAAAAGUUGUAUCGUUUUGGAGAAAUGUGGCUCCGUGAUGAAAACUGUACUGAGAUUAUUUCGGAGGCUUGGGAACGAGGAGGGGACUUAUGUUCGAAAAUUGCAUUUACUUCUACUUGUUUAA